AUAAAUACCUAGCAGUGGCAUUAGACAACCCGCGAGCGCUACUAUAUAGCUCGGACACAAAUCGGAUCUUGUUUGUUAGACUCAAUCCCUUCGUUUUCAUUUUGAUUCUCUUAAAAUCUGUUAGCCAUGGGAGACUUCAACAACGAUCCUCUCAUGCGCAACCAAAACGCCGCAGUUCAGGCCCGCACCAAAGCUCAGAAUCGCGCCAACGUCCUUCAGCUCAAGCUGAUUGGACAGAGUCACCCUACUGGUCUUACAGCGAACCUGUUGAAGCUAUUUGAGCCUAGGCCUCCAUUGGAGUAUAAGCCACCUCCCGAGAAAAGAAAAUGUCCACCACUAACAGGGAUGGGGCAAUUCGUGAGUAAGUUUGCUGAGCCUGGUGAUCCUGAAUAUGCUCCUCCUGUACCAGUUGCUGAAACUCCUACACAAAAAAGAGCAAGAAUUCACAAGUUAAGACUAGAGAAGGGAGCAGCGAAGGCUGCUGAGGAGCUUGAGAAAUAUGAUCCACAGAAUGACCCAAAUAUAUCAGGAGAUCCAUACAAGACAUUGUUUGUGGCCAGACUUAGCUAUGAGACCACUGAGAGCCGAAUCAAAAGGGAGUUUGAGUCAUAUGGUGCAAUCAAACGGGUUCGAUUGGUUACCGACAGUGUGACAAAUAAGCCCAAGGGUUAUGCAUUCAUUGAAUACCUGCACACAAGAGACAUGAAAGCUGCUUAUAAACAAGCUGAUGGUCGGAAAAUUGAGGGUAGAAGGGUGCUCGUGGAUGUUGAACGUGGGAGGACUGUUCCUAAUUGGCGACCUCGUCGACUAGGUGGUGGGCUUGGUACUACUAGAGUGGGGGGUGAAGAAGUUAAUCAGCGACAUUCUGGGAGGGAGCAACAGCAGUCAGGACCUUCUCGUUCUGAAGAACCCAGAGUGCGGGAGGAUCGACAUGGUGAUCGGGACAGAGAAAAGUCCCGUGAAAGAGGUAAGGACAGAGAUAGAGAACAAGAGCUGUCACGUGAACGCUCUAGUGAUAGGGUCAGGGAUCGUGAUCAUAGAGAGGACAGGCACCACAGAGACAGGGAUAGGAAUAGGGAAAGAGAGAGAGAUCGGGGACGUGAUCGAGACAGAGCACGUGAUCGUGGUCGGGAGAAGGAGAGGGAUCGUGAUCGUGAUCGAGAUAGGGAUCGGGACCGAGACCGGGAACAUGAUCGUUAUCGUGAAAGGGAUAGGGAUUAUGAAGUUGGGGAGACUGAUCGGGGACACUCACAUGAUAGGGAGACUGAUUAUGAUCAUGUUGAAUCUAAAAAUGAGAAGGAACAUCAUGGUGAAAGAGAGCGUGACCUUGAACCUGAGGAUGAUCGAGGGUGGUACAACCAACCCGUGCAUGGACAUAGGCAUGCAGAUCUUGACCAUGAUCCUGAUCACUAUGAGCAUCAUCGAGGACAAGGACGGGGACAGUAUGAUGAUGGAGAUGAACACGGGGAGCAUUACAAUCAAUAUCCUGAUCAUGAUAGGAUGGAAGAUGACUACCACACUGAACGGGCAACGUCUGAAUCACGUGAAAAGGAGAAAAAUCGUGAUAUGGACCGUGAUUAUCAUCACUCAAAGAGGCCCCAUUCUCGGGAGUAUGAUUACUAGUAAUUUCAGCAUAAUACUUCUCAACUUUACCGGCAUGGAGUGACUGAUCAAAGCUCAACGAAAGAACUUAUUGCUGCUGCUAUCCAUUUUUACUUGUUGAUUUUCAUGUUGGUUUUGAAAGUGUUACCGCUGCAGCUUUGGUGUACUCAGUUUCUCAAUAAGGACGUGGACUGCUAAUAUUGGUACUUAUUGUAGAUUUUGUUUUCUCGAGACAUUUUAAGAAACAAAUUUUUCUUUUUUCAGCUUUUGUGGGAACAUUUGUUUGGAUUUUAAGUUAUUGUUGGUCUGUUGAUGUGCUUGGAACUACAUUUGAGUUUAUUGUGUGUUGCAACAUUAGUGUCAGCAGACUAGAGAGCCCUUGCGUCUAUUAGACGUUGAGUAGUCAUGGUUUAUGUUCCAGUUAUUAGUUAUUAAUUAU